UUUUGGUCUAUUUCAAUACCGCUUCAUCAAAUUGCCCACGCUGGAAGCAACCAAGUAUAUAAUUUGCAAAAAGGCUAAACUUUCCAAAAGGUCGCACGGUUAUGUUUACAAAUACACGAGGCAACUUAGAAUCACAAGCAUUAAUUCGCUUCGGGAAGUGACGGAGUUAUUAUGACUUCAUAACCUUUUUCAAAAUCAUUUGCCAGAGAGCUCAGAAGCUAGCUUUCGGUUUGGCAAAGUUCUGUAAGGAACAGCUUGUGGCGACUAUUAAUAUUUGAUAACAAGUGUAGAGGAAGGGAGGAGGUCUUCUUUGUACGACUGAACACAAUGGGUGGAUCACGUUUGAAAAGUCUUCAAGCCGGGAUUUGGUGCGCUAUUACAGUUGCAGCAAUGGCAUGCGUUCAGACAAGAGGUGCAGAAAAUAUAAGCAGUAAUGCCAUAGAUCUGACGAAAUUCCUGGUGAAAGGAUAUGAUAAGGCAAUACGACCACAAUGCGGUGAGUAAACACAGGGAUACCGUAGAUCACAGUGCGGUAAGUAAACACAGGGAUACCAUAGAUCACAAUGCGGUGAAUAAACACAGGGAUACCAUGGACCACAGUGCGGUGAAUAACACAGGGAAACCAUACACUACAGUGCGGACAAUAAACACAGGGAUACCAUAGACCAAAGUGCUGAGAGUAAACACAGGGAUACCAUAGAUAAAAGUGCGGUGGGAAAACACUGGGAUCCCAUAAAUAACAGUGUUUCGAGUAAACACAGGAUUCCCAUAAAUAACAGUGUUUCGAGUAAACACAGGGAUCCCAUAAAUAACAGUGUUUCGAGUAAACACAGGGAUAUCAUAAAUCUGACGGAUUUCCUGUUGAAGGGAUAUGAUGAAGCAAUACGACCCUUCUUGAUAUAUUGGCUUAUGAAGUAAAAUAAAAAAAGAAUUCAUAUUUUUACUUUUGUGACACAGAAAGACCAACAGAUGUUAAACUGGACUUUUACGUAGAGUCAUUUGGGAAUAUCGAGGAAGCGAAUUUGGAGUUUUCUGUCUUCAUGUAUUUCCGUCAAAUGUGGCGAGAUCCCCGUCUGGCAGAUAGAGUCAACCAAAGCGUUGUGCUGCAACGAGAUCAGAUCUCUUAUUUAUGGUUCCCCGACACAUACUGCAGCAAUGCAAAGAGAUCGGAUCUCAUGUCUCCAGACACAGAGAUCCACAGCUCGCUCACACUGGAGCCUGACGGAAGCAUAUUCUACAGCAGAUCGUAAGUGACUAAAGGAGAGGGGGCGGAGAAAAAGAAUCGAGGAAAGAGAUAGGGAAUUAUUGUGGUAAGAGAUACGGCAAGGGGACACGGAAGUGUAUUCUACAGCAGUGAGUAAGUGGGUAAGGGAGAGCGGGGUGGGUAGAAAGAGAAGGAAUGAGACGAGGUAAUGCUGUUGUAAGAGAUACGGGCAUAGAGCACCUUUCAAGUAUCUUACCUUGAAGCCUGACGUUGAUUCACUUGCCCUGUUAAGUCGCUUAUGCAAGUGUUCUUUGUCUGUGUUGCGCAGCGCCCAUAUCGUGGCAUCAUGUGAAAUGGACCUGAGGGACUUUCCAAUGGACACACAGACAUGUAAUCUAGUGUUCGGUAGCUAUGGUUAUACGGAUAACGAUAUAAAGUUAUCAUGGAAGUCAACGAAGAUUCUCAUUGCUAACAAGGAAAUGGCACAGUUUUCACUCGGGGACUGCGUACUGUCAUUAAAAACGAUGGAAUAUGUCCAAGGUAAUUACACCCUGCUGUCUGCCUCGUUCCCAAUGCACCGCCGCAUUGGGUAUUACGCUAUCCAGAUGUACGUACCAUGCACCUUCCUUGUCAUGCUGAGCUGGAUCGUGUUUUGGAUGAAUCCUGAGGAGACUGGGAACAGACUGACUGUAGGGAUCACUACCAUACUGACAAUCGUCUUCUUGUUGGGGUACACCAACAGCACCUUACCUAAGGUGAGCUAUGUCAAGGGCAUGGACUGGUACCUCAUGGUGUCCUUCCUUUUCAUCUUCUUGAGUCUGUGCGAGUGCAUCGUGGUAGACCGAGCCUGCAAACAUGCAAAACUGGAUACCAGGAAGAAAAGCAAAAAAUCAAAUGGUAAAAAACAACAACAACUAAAUCAGCAACCAAAGCAACAGCAACAACAACUUCAAAGAGAAAAGAUGGAGCAACUUAAUGAGCUACAAAGCGCGAGGAUUGAAAACCUCACUCUGUUUGAACCCAACUGUAACGAUUUUCUCCCCGAAGGCCGCAUUGUUCAAACGAAGACAUGGGUCGAGAGUCCAGUCGAGCAGCACAGCAAAGAUCGUGAGGGUACACGUAACAAGUGCUGUCCUACGUGUGCUCACUCCACUACUAACAGGGUAGACCAGUGCUCCCGCCUUGCUUUUCCAUUCUUGUUCAUUCUGUACAACGUUCUUUACUGGUACUCAUACAAGUAUGGUGUCGCUAUCUUCUAAGAACUUGACCUCAAAGAAUAUGGUGUCCCUUACUUUUAAGAACCUUGACGUCAAGGAAGGUGGUGUCGCUUUUUUCUAAGAACCUUGACGUCAUAGGAGGUGGUGUCGCUAUCUUUCAAGAACUUUUACGUCAAAGAACAUGGUGUCGCUAUCUUCUAAGAACUUUGUCGUCGAAGAACGUGGUAUUGCUAUCUUCUUAGAACUUUGACGUUUUAGAACGUGGUGUCGCUAUCUUCUAAAAACUUUGACGCCAUAGAAUGUGGUUUUGCUAUCUUCUAAGAACUUUGACGUCAAAGAACAUGGUGUCGCUAUCUUCUAAGAACCUUGACACCAAAAAACGUGGUGUCGCUAUCUUCUAAGAACUUUGACGUCAUAGAACGUGGUGGCGCGAUCUUCUAAGAACUUUGACGUCAUAAAACGUGGUGCCGCUAUCUUCUAAGAACUUUGAAGUCAUAGAACUUGGUGUCGCUAUCCUCUAAGAACUUUGACGUUAUAGAACGUGGUGUCGCUAUUUUCUAAGAACUUUGACGUCAAAGAACGUGGUUUUGCUAUCUUCUAAGAAUUUUGACGUCAAAGAACGUGGUGUCGCUAUCUUCUAAGAACUUUGACAUCAUGUGUUGUAUGCUUUGGCGGGUGAAAUACCUGGCCCGUUAUGCUUAGCGAUGUCUUGCAAAAGGAACAAAACCAGAAUUGUAAGAAAGCUAACAAAACACUUCUCUAUUAAACACUCAAUCGAAUAAAUGUGUCUCCGCAAACCAGGAAGGCCCGAAAAGACGAGAAAAAAAAACGGGUAGUUAGCCUGUUUUGUAGCAAACUCAAAUCCACGAUGGUUCCCCGCUAACUAAAAAGGCUGAUCGAUUCUGAUUUUUAUUUCAGUUGUUUGUGAUUCCCAUCCAUAAAUAGAUGAAGUUGAUUAUGA